CAAAGCGAUUUACCAGUUUUAGAAAUCAAUGGCCGGAAAAAGUAAGAUUCUGUUCAUCGGCGGUACUGGUUACAUUGGAAAGUUCAUCGUCGAAGCUAGUGCUAAAGCUGGCCACGAUACAUUUGUCUUGGUUAGAGAAUCCACUCUUUCCAAUCCUACCAAAACCAAACUCAUCGAUACUUUCAAAAGUUUUGGCGUCACCUUCGUCCAUGGAGAUUUAUAUGAUCAUGAGAGUUUGGUGAAGGCGAUAAAACAAGUGGAUGUUGUGAUUUCUACAGUAGGUCAUGCCCUUUUAGCUGAUCAGGUCAAGCUAAUUGCUGCUAUCAAAGAAGCUGGCAAUGUCAAGAGAUUCUUUCCCUCUGAAUUUGGGAACGAUGUAGAUCGUGUCCAUGCUGUCGAGCCUGCUAAAGCAGCAUUUAAUACUAAAGCACAAAUUCGCCGUGUUGUUGAGGCUGAAGGAAUACCAUUCACUUAUGUGGCCACCUUCUUUUUUGCUGGUUAUUCUCUUCCAAAUUUGGCACAGCCUGGAGCUGCAGGUCCUCCCAACGACAAAGUUGUCAUCUUAGGAGAUGGCAAUACUAAAGCUGUUUUUAACAAGGAAGAAGACAUUGGCACCUAUACCAUAAAUGCUGUCGAUGAUCCAAAAACACUUAACAAAAUCCUCUACAUCAAGCCUCCACACAAUAUAAUUACAUUAAACGAGUUGGUAUCCUUGUGGGAGAAGAAAACUGGAAAGAACCUUGAAAGAUUAUAUGUACCAGAGGAACAAGUUCUCAAGAACAUACAAGAAGCCUCGGUUCCAAUGAAUGUGGGAUUAUCGAUCUAUCACACUGCUUUUGUGAAGGGUGACCACACUAAUUUUGAAAUUGAACCAUCAUUUGGAGUAGAGGCAUCAGAGGUUUAUCCUGAUGUUAAAUAUACGCCGAUAGAUGAGAUUCUCAACCAGUAUGUCUGAAAAUGUAGAGUUCCUUCUUAUUAAGCAUAAGGUUCUGAUGCUCAAUACCCAGCUCACGAUUAGUGCUAUUCGUAUCAGCUUUCACCACUGUUUGUGAGUCCUCAUC